CUCCACGUGAAGUGCUCCGUCGCCGAAAUGAGCGGAUGCCCACUUUUCCUUCCUUGAAGCCCAGGCGACAAUUAAAAUAGAAGGCGGCCCAAGGAACUGAAAGUUUCCCUUCAGCCUAAUAGAGCUAAUUGGUGUUACAAUGCAUGACAGACCUGCCGUGACAUCGCCGUGGACAUCAUGACCUGUCCUUGAAUCCAACCAGUACAAGAGUCCGUUUUUUUUUUUUUAUUUUUUGACAGGACCUAGAAGAGGGCUGAAGGACAUAACUAAGCGAGUGUGAUUUUAGAUAUAUAUUUUUCUUUGGAGCAGCUGGUGAAUGCUUAUGUGUUAUUCCUCUAUCUUCCCAUAAUUUUGUUAUGUUAUGAGGAGUUUUAGCUACUAUUUCGUAGCUGUUGUCAGUGUUUCCUGUUUACUAUAUGGAGAUUUACCGAUUUAGACGUACGUCACAUCUGGUGUUGAGUAAUCGCUCGAGAAAAGACGGAAAAGGACUAAUUGAUCUGCUGGUGGAGGAAGUGAUACACUAGAUUACAGUUCAUGUUUUCGUCCCUACGCUGCCGGUCUUCUUCUGUGCCUGCGACGGUUUUUGUGCAGAAUAUGAACAUGUCACGGUUGAUAAGUGGUUCGUGGUUCGUCGCUGGUCUGUACAUCAUCGCAUUAGCUCUGCACGCAAGUUGCGAACCGAGUGUCGUCGAAGGAUACACGUUAGAUGAGACGACUGCGACAGUAAGUGAUUCUAUAACGCCACCAACUUCGUCGGACACCUUACCCGGUAAUCCUGGAAGCACAUUCUCGCCCGGAAUUCCAGGAUCUUCCACGUUAUCCACCCUCGGCUUGAGUUCCGACACGUCAGCUUCUCCAGACCUCCCACCAAGGCUCAGCUCGUGAAGCCGGGCUCCACCCGCACACCCAUCUCGGAUGCUUCCACAAGACCGGUUGCUAUACCGAGCUCCAGCUCCUCACCUAUCCAGGAUAGCACCACAAACACACUGAAGGCAGCGUACCCGUGUGCCGUGAAUGUGACGGUUUUAUUUACGACCGAUUGCUUGCAGUGCGAUGGAGAGGAGGGUCGAUGUCCUCCUGGCUCUUCGCUCGUGUCCUUCGUUUUGUGUCAAGGCGAUGACGUGGACGGCGAGGACGAUGCUAACUCCACGACCUCGUAUUGUGUGUCUACGUGCUCGCGCUCGGAGUCUUCGCCACAGUGCUGCCCUGGACUUUAUGGACCCGACUGUCGCGAUUGUCCCCGCGGGCUCGGCAACGCCACCUGCAGUGACCGAGGUCGCUGCUCUGACGGAAUUGAUGGAAUGGCGCAUGCACCUGCUUUACGGGUUUCGCAGGACUGGUGUGUGAGCUGUGUGAGGACUCCAACAUGUAUGGAACAAACUGCACAGAAGAAUGCGCGUGCAAGAAUGGCACUUGCAACAACGGUCCCAACGGUGAUGGCUCUUGUAUACAGUGUCAUCCUGGCUUCACGGGACAGCUGUGCAAUGAAGUGAUCGCACCUUGCAGCAACAUGGCUUGUGGAAAUCAUUCUUACUGCGUGGAAGCUGAGAGCGAGGCACAGUGUCAAUGUGAACCAGGAUACGACAAACUGUCGGACGACAGUAGUUGCCAGCCUAUUGACAGGUGCGCCACCCCGAAGUCGCCAUGUGGGGAGAACGCCGUGUGUGUCCCUACAGGUCCUGGAACCUACCGAUGCACGUGCCUGCAAGGGUAUCGAGGUGACGGGUACCUUUGUCUACCCAUCGACCCGUGCCAGGAUAACAACGGCGGCUGCGACAACCUUACUAGUGUGUGCAUGAACACCGCUCCCAACGCCAGUGUGUGCGACUGUUUGGCCGGUUACGAGCGAUACGUGGAAGGCAAGGGGUGUUCACUGAAGGACGUGUGCCACUUCGCCGACUGUCACUCCAAAGCCAACUGCACCACCGUUGGUCCCAACGCAUACAGGUGUACCUGCAUACAAGGCUACGCAGGUGAUGGUCGCAUUUGCUACGGCAACAUUAUGGAGAGACUGGCGGAACUGAAUGAAAACCAUCCAGAUUUGCGCGGCGAUCUGCGCUAUUCGCUGGACCUGCUACAGGCCAUCUACUACGAUGCACUGUCGAAGCCUGGACCCUUCACCAUCUUCGUCCCCAUCAACCGCGCCUUCCGGAAGGUGGCCAGCGACUUCUCGUACCAGGACAUGUUUCGGGAAAGGGACCGGACGAAGCAAAUCAUCCGGCAGCACAUCCUCCUCGGGAAGCUGAGCCUAGAGGCGUUGCAGAACUUUGACUACUUCUACACUCUCCAGGGUAAUGUCGCUGAGCUCCAGGUCCGAGUGAGGAGAGACCAGUUCCUGUACCGGGUGCAGGGCUUCCAGCCACGAGCCAGGGUGACAGUCCGUGAUAUACCGGCCUCCAACGGGAUGAUCCACAUCGUCAACGAACUCCUCAUUAACGAGCCGCAGAUCGUUGGGGACGCCACAAAAUCAGCCAUGUCACUGAUCAGAACUGAAGGGAGAUUUAAUCGUAUGCAGUCACUCAUCAAAUCGUUGUCGUUAGAAAGUCUUUUCGAGCGCGACAACAUCACGGUUUUUGCACCAGAAAAUGGUGGUUUGGAUGGCCUGCCCGAGGGAACUCUCGACUAUCUGAUGAAUGACCCUAAUGGACAGAUAAAGCUGAAGACCAUUCUGGAAAAUCACGUGUUCCCAGGAAGGAUCGAAGUCACUGAUCUGGUAUCCAUGAAUCGGAUUCACUCUUUUGCCAAUUAUGCUACCCUCGUCAAAGUGAGCAAGCUGGGUCAGAUACAGUUAAACGGACAGGUAAAUAUAUCUCAGACCAACAUCCCGUGCAAGAACGCCGUGUACUACCACAUCGACAGACCGUUAAUUCCACCUGAACUGGCUCAGAUCUUGCCGAGCAGGUGCGACUUGAAAAAGAAUCUGACCAUCAAGGGUUCUUGUUCACCGUGUCGGGACGCCCAGUGUCCACUCUCGACUGAUAUCUUUAGGGGCGAAGUGACCCAAGGGUGCUCCUACUGGGGCACAGUCCAAGGACACUUCAUGUUGAUCCCCGGAUGUUCUGCAAUGUGUCUCCGUUCGCAGUCGAUACCUAGGUGUUGUAAAGGUUUCUUCGGGCUAGAAUGCAAACCUUGCCCAGGGGGUUACAAGAACCCUUGCGGAGGGCGUGGACAGUGUAUUGACGAGAUGUUCGGGACUGGCUUCUGCGUCUGUGAUCGCAACUUUCGAGGUUUGCUCUGCGAGCAGUGCAUGGAUCGCACGAAAUUCGGACCUAACUGUACCCGCACCUGCACGUGCAUGAAAGGCGAUUGUGAUGGCGGACCUGAAGGGACUGGGUUCUGCAAGCCUGGGACAUGCCUGCCAGGGUUCAGAGGCGACAACUGCGAUCUCAGUCGAAAACGCUGCAGCGGAAACCGAGUCCUCAUGUGUCACGCGCAUGCGGAGUGCAUCGAGGAGUCACCUGGAACCUUCAGGUGCGAGUGUCGGAGGGGUUACCAAGGCGACGGACAAAUCUGCUUGGAAAUAGACCCGUGCCAGAGACCGGACAGAGGUGGAUGCCACCCACAGGCGGUGUGCAGCAAGGUGGGCCCGGGUGCUCAUCAAUGUCAGUGCGACUACGGGUGGUUUGGUGACGGCUUUACCUGUCAACCGGAGACACCCUGCAAAGCCAGCGCCGACUGCCACGACAACGCUACAUGUCGAAAUUUGGAGCCCGGAAGAUUCACAUGUGUGUGCGACAAGGGUUACGACGGCAACGGGACCCACUGCACAGAGAUCAACGGUUGCCUGGCGAAUAACGGAGGCUGUGAUCCCAGGGCCAGAUGUAGGCCCACAGGUCCUGGCACAGUGAACUGCAGCUGCCCAGAGUUCUACGUGGGCGAUGGAGCCAGGUGCUUUACGACCAUAGCUGGCCAUGUUCUGUCCCACGAAAACCUGACCCUCCUGGCCACCCUCAUAAAGAAGCAAAGCCCUGCUGACGUCAUUCUUGACGAUGUCGGGGAAUCUCUGACGUUUUUUGCCCCGACGGAUGACGCACUUCGUGUAUUUUUAGCCGGAGUCCCGGGCGACUACUUCGACGAUCCUUCAAAUAUCCUCAACUUUUUCAGCUUCCACACCUUGCCAGAGGACUACACCAUACCGAAGAUGCUCGCCUUGGAGUCGAUCGGAGGCUUUGGGAAGUUCCCUACGAUGUUUGCUGGGUACUCCGUCCGAGUUUUGGUCCAAAACAAGUCGGUGAGCGUGAUGAAGACUCAGACAACACUCGCCAAUGUCGUCGUCGCAGACAUCGUCACCAUGAACGGCUAUCUUCAUUUGAUUGAUGGGGUAUUAGAGCCAUUCCUCCCGGAUGCGGAUCAGCCUUUCCUGAGAGACUUCUUUGAAGAGAACGAAGACUUGAGCAACUUCGCCGAAGCUCUGGAGAGUCACGGACUAACCAGUCGUCUUCAGGAGAUGGACCAGUACACGCUGUUCGUUCCCAACAACACCAUCUUCCCUGGAGCUGCCAACUUUACAAUCAGAGAGGACUAUCUGAAGUACUACGUGGUGCCCCGAGUGCUGCUGACGCCGGCGCUGGACGAGGGUCAGACUGUUAGCACAGUGCUAGGCGACAAGCACCAGCUGCAGUUCCGUCUCCAUGGAAACCAGGUGACGGUGAACGGUGUAGAGAUCCUGCAGGCCAACCUUCUGACAGUGGAAGGGGUCGUGCACGUGAUCGCUGGGCUGCUGUACCCUACACUCAAUUUCUGCAACAGGGAGACCGUUAAGACAGAUUUCGGUCUGUGUGCCGCGUGCUUCAACUACUCUGCCCUGGAAUGUUUACCGGGCUUCGAACCGUCCAUCACAAACUUCGUGGAGCGAUCGCGAUGUCAGUACGUCGUAACAGACGAUCUGGAGAUGAACCAUACUUACGUGGGGUGCCGCCGCCUGUGUCAACAAACCAUCCAGAUUGUCCAGUGCUGCGAGGGACAUUACGGAGAAAACUGUGCAGAAUGCCCUGGGGGUCCACUGGAACCAUGCAGCGGGCGGGGUGUGUGCGAUGCCGGAGAGGGGGGCACCGGCUUGUGUUUGUGUUCAACGCUGUACACAGGCCGCGCGUGCGAACUGUGCGUUGACGCCACCAUGGCCGGACCUUUCUGUAAUAUUAGCAAGAUGAGCUGCGCUUACCAAAACGGAAACUGCAGCCAAAAGGCCGAGUGCAUGGAGGACGAGACAGGUGCUGCUGUGGGCUGCCGCUGUCAUCCUGGGUACGUCGGCGACGGGUACCACUGUUCCUCGCCCUGCGACACUCAGAAUGGAGGCUGCCAUGUCAACGCCACGUGUCAGCUGCUGAUACAGGGCGCAGAGGACCAAGACCGGACUGUGAACUGCACGUGCAACGCUGGUUUCCAUGGCAACGGUAUGUGGUGCGUAGAAAACGUCGACGAAUGUGAAGACGGAGCAGCGAGUUGCUCCCCUUUCGCGGACUGCCAGUAUUAUCCGCCCCUCGUCACCUCGGAGCAAGAGGGCCAAGUCCGAUGCACAUGCCAGUCUGGUUACCUCGGCAACGGAAGUCUGUGCGUAACCACCGUUUGGAAUGCCCUGUCACAGAUCGAAUCAACGGCAGGUUUUUACACGGUCCUAAAGUCCUCCCUGAUGUCCAGCAACAUCAGCACCCUCCUCGACAACCACCAGGCCGCCAUCACUGUCUUCCUUCCAGCUGGACCUGCUGAAUCAAUUCCUGCAGGGAUCAACUAUGAAGAUUACAUCCUAUUCGAAGCCCUCAUGGUGAAUGACAACCUGGUGACACUGAGCAAUGUCACCGAACUCCUGUCUGCCAAUGGGCACCACCUGAACUUCACCACUCAAGGUGUCGAGUUCUUUGUUAAUGGCGUGAAAAUUAUUGAGAGAAACAUUGAGACCAUCAACGGCUACGUCAAUGUUAUUGCCCACUCCUUUGACAAGGAUAACCUGCUAUUACAAACCACGUUGGUGUCAACAAACCUUGAUUUGGUGGCAAUAAUUGUACCAGUAGGUGUUCUGCUGAUGGUGGUGUCUAUUGUUGGCAUCAUCAUUUGUUGCUACCGCCACUCUCAGACAAAAGGCUUCCUUGACAUUGCCAAGAUUUUCAGAAGGGGCUCCGAGACCAGCAUGUCCUUUGCCAGACUCCAAGCCCAAGAAGAAGAUGAAGCAAAAACUAACCUAUUCAGUCAGCCUGAAAACAUAAAUUUUGAUAAUCCCUUAUAUAAUGAUCCUGAUGCUCUUUAGCUGUGCAUUUGUAGAUAUCUGCUUCUCCUAAACACAAUCUUCAAAAUGUCUCUAUGGUUUUUUUUUUACUUGUCCUUCACAUCAAGAAUGUUGGUUAAGUUUCCAAUACAUUUAAAUUACAUUGAGAAUUUUAUAAGCAAACUUUUGUUGCACUAAAUCACUGUUAUUGAAAAUUAAACUGCUAUUAUUGGUAAAUUAAAGAACUAUUUUUCUGAAGUAUAUUGUAGACAGCAAGUAUUUUUAUCCAUUAUAAUAGGUUAUUGUUUUUUGUUCAUUGAAAUAAAAAAUCAGUAUAUGUUUGAAUACACUCUUCACUUGCACUCUUGCAUUUAAACACCUAAUUAAGUAAAAAUCUUAUUUUAUUAAAAAAAAAAAA